UUCAUAAGCCCCAAAAGUUUAAAUAAGAAAACUUAAUUUUUAACACUGCUAUAUUUAAAAUUAGUAGAAAUGGAGGGAAUCCGCAAGCUGGCGGACAAGCUGUUCACUCCGAACGAGAUCCGUCGCUUUCAGGCCUACAAGAGUCGCUUCAGCCAGAAAUACCUAACCGUGGAUGGCCUCAAGUCCAAUCUCAAGAAGGCCGACAUUGGAAAAAAUUUCAACCUACGUUGGUUUUCCUCGAAAAAAGAGACCGCAGCCCCAAAGGAAAAGAAAUGCGAUCCCUCCUGGGAGGAACUGCAUCCCCCGGGACCACCGUACGAGUACCGAGACACGCACUUCUGGUACCCAGAUCCGGAGCAUCUGGCCGAGUACGCCAGCGUGGUCAUGUAUCCCAAAGGCGAUCAGUGGAAGCAACGUCCCAAGUUCACCGGCAAGCAGUUUCCGCCGGUGGACCGUACCUUCCGCACCAAGUUCAUAAAUUUUGGACCCGCCCACCCGGCGGCCCACGGCGUGCUCCGCAUGAUCCUCGAGCUGGACAACGAAACCGUGCUGAAUGCAGAUCCGCACAUUGGUCUGCUGCACCGGGGCACGGAGAAGCUGAUCGAGUACAAGACCUAUCUCCAGGCACUGCCCUAUUUCGAUCGCCUGGACUACGUCUCCUGCAUGGCCAACGAGCAGGCCUACGCCCUGGCUGUGGAAAAGCUGCUGAACAUCGAGGUACCCCGAAGGGCCAGAUACAUUCGGACUCUGUUCGCGGAGCUGAUGAGGCUGACCAACCACACCAUGGCGGUGUCCUCCUCGAUAUUGGACUGCGGCGGGAUAACCCCGCUCUUCUGGCUCUUUGAGGAGCGCGAGAAGCUCUACGAGUUCUCGGAACGGGCCUCGGGUGCCCGACUGCAUGCCGCCUACAUCCGGCCCGGCGGCGUGGCCUCGGACAUACCCCUGGGGUUCUCGGACGACCUGUACGCCUUCAUCAAGCAGUUUGGCACUCGACUGGACGAGGUGGAGGACCUGGUCACCGACAACCGCAUUUGGCGCAUGCGGAACAUCGGCAUUGGCCAAAUCUCCGCCCACGACGCCCUCAACUGGGGCUGCACUGGACCCGUGCUGAGGGCCUGUGGCAUCAAGUGGGAUCUGCGGAAGCAGCAGCCCUACGACGCCUACGACGAAAUGGACUUUGACGUGAUGAUCGGUUCCAAUGGUGACUGCUAUGACCGCUACCUGGUACGCAUGCGGGAGAUGCGUGAGUCCCUCAACAUCAUCUACCAGUGCCUGGACAAGAUGCCCGAGGGCGAGAUCAAGGUGGACGACCGGAAGAUCUGCCCGCCCCAACGGCGGGACAUGAAGGUGGGCAUGGAGGACCUCAUCCAUCACUUCAAGCACUUUUCCCAGGGCAUCGUGGUGCCGCCCGGUUCGACUUACACUGCUGUGGAGUCGCCCAAGGGGGAGUUUGGCGUCUAUCUGAUUUCCGACGGCUCCUCGCGUCCCUAUCGGUGCAAGAUUCGCCCGGCCUCCUACGCCCACCUUGCCGUAAUGGCCAAAAUGGCACCCUCCCAUUUCCUUGCCGACGUAGUGGCUAUUAUUGGUUCCCUCGACAUUGUCUUUGGCGAGAUCGAUCGUUGAGUAGAAAGGGCUAUCUUAUGUAUUUUAUUUGCUUGUAAAAGUAUAAU